GUUCGUGAUGUUCAUGUUUUAACUUUCCGUCAAUCAGUGUAAGCUAGCGUAAACAGCGUCAGCAAGCUAAUUGGAGCUUAGCUAGCCCCGUUAGCAGUCGUGCUGCAGCACCUACAGUGUUUUCAGUUAGAAAAACGGGACACGACGAUAAACCGCGCAUUUAAAGCUUAACGUUAAUGUUCUCCAGGCUGAGUAAUGAGUAAAGAGUUACAGAUGAGGGCUGCGAUUAACCAGAAGCUGAUCGAAAUGGGAGAGAGGGAGCGGUUAAAGGACUUGCUCAAAGCCAAGCUCACUGAGUGUGGCUGGAGAGAUCAGUUAAAAGCACACUGUAAAGAAGUCAUAAAGGAAAAGGGAAUCGAGAAUGUCACCGUAGAAGACCUGGUGGCAGGAGUAACUCCUAAAGGAAGAGCGCUGGUGCCUGACAGUGUAAAGAAGGAGCUUUUGCAGAGAAUAAGGGCUUUCUUAGCACAACAUUCUACAUGAUGCAGAGGGCACUGGACUCUAUGCCAACUGAAAUACCACAUUAGCUGUAAAACUCAUGUUUUUUUUCCCCCUUUUUUUUUUAUCUGUUUGUGUAUUGCUUUUAAUAUUGGUAAGGAAAUAAAGAGCAAGCCUGGUGAAUGAAUUUGUUGUUACUACAAUAAAGUUUAUUCAUGUUUGUAAA